GCAGGAAGGGGCGGGCCUGAAGAGCGCGCAGUGUGCUUUCUGCUGAACCUUCUUGCUGGCUUCAGCAUGGAGGAAAUUUAUGCUAAGUUCGUGUCUCAGAAAAUUAGCAAAACCCGCUGGCGGCCAGUACCUUCCGGGAGCCUGCAGACCACAGAGACCUUUGCCACAGGCUCCUGGGACAAUGAGGAAAAUUGCGUGUCACUGUGGUCUAUUGGAGAUUUUGGAAACUUGGAUUCUGACGGAGGGUUUGAAGGAGACCAUCAAUUACUGUGCGAUAUUCGACAUCAUGGGGAUGUCAUGGAUUUACAGUUUUUUGACCAGGAAAGAAUUGUAGCUGCUUCAUCAACAGGAUGUGUAACAGUUUUUCUUCACCAUCCAAAUAACCAGACUCUGUCCGUCAGUCAGCAGUGGCCUGCAGCUCAUUACCACACAGGCCCCGGCAGUCCUUCCUACAGCAGUGCGCCAUGUACAGGAAUUGUGUGUGACAACCCAGAAAUCGUUACAGUUGGAGAGGAUGGCCGAAUAAAUCUCUUCAGAGUUGAUCACAAGGAGGCUGUCAGAACUAUAGAUAAUGCAGACAGCAGUACACUCCAUGCUGUAACCUUCCUUCGAACUCCUGAGAUUGUUACAGUAAAUUCAAUUGGACAGUUAAAAAUAUGGGAUUUCAGACAACAAGGAAGUGAACCCUGUCAGAUAUUAUCACUGACUGGUGACCGAGUGCCACUCCACUGUGUUGACAGACAUCCAGACCAGCAGCAUGUUGUAGCUACUGGUGGCCAGGAUGGAAUGUUGAGUAUUUGGGAUGUCAGACAAGGUACCAUGCCUGUGUCAUUACUGAAGGCUCAUGAGGCUGAAAUGUGGGAGGUUCACUUCCACCCAUCCAACCCAGAUCAUCUGUUUACUUGUUCUGAAGAUGGGUCCCUCUGGCAUUGGGAUGCCUCCACAAAUGCACCUGAAAAGUCUUCUCUCUUUCACCAAGGAGGAAGAAGUAGCACUUUCCUGUCACAUAGCAUAAGUAACCAGGCCAGUGUUCACCAGUCUCUCAUAAGUUCCUGGCUCAGCACAGACCCUGCCAAAGACCGAAUUGAAAUCACAAGUUUGCUUCCCAGCAGGACUCUGUCUGUAAACAGUUUGGAUGUUUUAGGUCCCUGUCUUGUUUGUGGAACUGAUGCAGAAGCCAUUUAUGUUACCAGGCAACUAUUUUCAUGAAAGUGAAAAAACCUACACUUAUCAAUUUCAACAUCUGUGCAAAUUUUUGUCAUCAGAAAGUGGUAUUUGUAAAGAAAGAAUAAACUGUAAUGUCAGUGCCA